CUUCUCUGGGACGAAUAGCGACCUUCAACGUUCAGAGAAAUUCCUCUACUUUCGGCCCGCUGGCUGUCAGAGCCUGAUCAAAGCUUACAACGCGAGAUUCCCUAACCAGAUAUCCAAUUUGUUUUCGGUUAUUACAGAGAAUCAUGUCUGCGUGAACAAGUUGUAUGAAGAGGUCGGGAAAUCGGUGGUGCUGCGAGAGAGUGCAACCACAGGGAGAGUGCAGUUGGUGGGAGUUGCGGGCGUAGCCAAUGCUCGCCUCCCCAUCCCUAUUGCCUACACUCAAGUCCAGCCUCAUCGCUUUUGGAUCGAACUUGUCUUAAAGAAGUUUAGGGAUAACACAUCAAGACGUACAGUAGGGUGAAGAUUCCCUCGAUGUCACGAGGUAUCUUCAUGAAUGGAUCUCAAGAGAUUAAACCAUUACUAUAUUUUUUCAUCACUGUGGCCAUAGGCACUAAGUGGAGAUGUCAUGAAGAGAACACAGCAACCAGAGACUAACCACUUUUAACAGCCACUACAUACAUCACUAGGUUUUUCUUUAGCAUAGAUCAGGUGUUCUCUGUUCUACCUCAGUUCUCUAAGAGAGUAACGAAAUCACCGUCCAAAGUCAUAUCCUUAAAUCAUAUCAAUAAAUGGACAAUACUGUGAAUGAAGCUGGCAUUAACCCUUAUUGUAGUACUGUCCAAUUUUGUUUUACUCACUCAAAAAGCUGACAUGAUUACAGUAACAAUGUCAUUGCAUUAUGUACAGAAGGCGGCAUUAUUACGUCAUAGUAUUUCAUGAAAACAUGUACGGUAUCUCAUUUUGUAUUUUAAAUUAAAAUAUAUUUGUAAUUUGAUUGAUAAUUAAGAAUGAUGUGUGUGUUUGAGUCUGAUAUAAAUACAUUGUAUGAAAUGAC